AUGGAGCAUAUCCCCGACGUCCAAGCCGACCACGGCGCGCCCAACACAUUUCCUCUUACAGCACAGCAAGUUGAAGAUACAAUACGAGACUUCAUCGAUUCAAUAAACAAAGCCGCCGUUUGUGAUUUGGCAUCGAGGCAUAAUGGCGGAAGAUGUUGCAGAAUAGUCGAUCAGCGGAAUGGAAGCUUCAACAUCUGUUUCUUUCUUCUCUUUGAUGCCCAUGUCACAUGGGUGGUAAGAAUACCAAUCGAGCCAGUGACCCGUAAUGCCUGGGCCAAGGUCGUGAGUGAAGUGACAACCAUCCGGUAUAUUAAACACAAUACGACGAUUCCUAUUCCCGAAAUAUACGCAUAUGGAAAAGAUACAACACUAGUGAAAGCAGCUUCAACUCCAUUUAUACUGAUGGAAUUUAUACAAGGUCAACAACUUCACACAAGAACCGUCUUCCAUGCCGCAGAACACCAACGGCGGAACUUGUAUAUUGGUCUUAUUGACACCUUGGCACAAUUACGCAAGCUUGAGUUCUCGGCUACGGGUUCGCUAAUGCCUAACCCGGACAAUCCAGAUGACGAGUCAAAUCCUGUUCUGGGCCCCUUCCUUUCCAUGACUGUUAAUAAAUUAGAGCGGAAACUAGAACGGCCAGUAUUAACUGAAAUCUUCACGUCUGUAAACCGCUUCAUGGACCUUCAUUAUCAUAUAUUAUCGCAGACAUUUCAACUGCCCGUUGAAGAGCUCGACCGCAGGCAGGCAAAAAUGGAGCUAUUUGCCCUGGAAAGUGUAUCAAAGGAGAUCCCAAAACACAUCAAAUUACAAGAACCUGAGCGCCCAUAUAUAUUAGCCCACCCGGAUUUAAGAUGUGGCAAUAUCAUGGUUAACGAUGACUUCCAUAUUCUUGGCAUCAUUGACUGGGAGUUUACGAGCACAAUUCCCCAGCAGAUUUACAUUCCACCACCAUGGAUCACCGGCCAUGACCCUGAUACCCUUCUUAUGGUAACUGGUGUGCCGCGAGAGCAAAUUUGGCUAGAAUUUCGCAGAGUCCUGGAGGAUUUGCACAAGACAUCAAGCGGUUGGACGCAGUUGUGUCAAGAUUGGGGAUUGUUGCACCACGACGAGACACAAAGUAAGGAUUUUAUUCUGGAACUGUCACCGAUAGUUCAAAUACUACGUCACCCUUCUAGCCUGAUGGAUGUGUACUACUCUUCCAUUUUUCUACGGCUAUUUGGGUCCGAAACGUGUAGGGAUGCCGUGGUCAACGAGUUUUUUGAACAGAGUGAGAAUCAGGCCAUUGCAGAGCAAAUUGAGCUUCAAAUUCAGAAGUCCGAGCGAUACACCGAAUACUUGCGCAACAACGAUUUACUCAUUCCGGAUGAACGGUCUCAGCAGAUCCAGGAAUUCCUGAAAAGGGCAAAGGCUUUGUUACAGGCUGGAGAAACACGUCACGGCAAGGAGAUUGAGGAAUAG